AGGGAGCACCCAUACAUUCACCCCACACUUGCUUCAUGAUGCCCUAGAAUGGUAUGUCCCCCUCUUCUCGGGGUGCUUAUCGUAAGCACGAUUGGAAUGGGAAAUGCGCUAUCUUGGUAGUGGCGCUACUCGAUCAUGUUUAACUGCAAGGUAAUCUAGAGUAUACAUAGAUAAGUAAGGCCGAAGUCGUUUGAGCCUUUGAGGAGCUCAAGAGGAGUAAGUAUUAGUCACAAAUUACACAAAAUUAGUACCAACCAAACCUCCAAGUUGUUUGUUCGUCGCAAGUGAUUGAAUCUGAAUUUGAAUCUGACUUUUAGUCACUCUUCAAAUCCUAAUUAGCUAUUUCUGUCGAUCUAUUACUUUUAUUAGCUGUGAAAUCAUCAUCAUGCAGGCUGCUGCAGUGAGAAGCGAGGGACUCGUUAUCCCGCUUAUCGACUUCUCUAAAUUCCUGAACGGGAAUCCCGAACAGAGACGGGAGACAGCAAAUGCUAUUCUCCAUGGCUUCCAGACGGCUGGCUUCAUCUACUUGAAGGGCCUACCAAUCACGUCUGAGUACCGCAAGCACAUCUUCGAGACAUCCGCCAAGUACUUCCGUCUGCCUGACGAGACAAAGUUGUCUCAUUGCUGGACUACGCCCCAGGCGAAUCGUGGCUAUUCCGCCCCGGGCCGAGAGAAGACUACGUCAUUGACUGACCCGGAAGCCGUUAAAAAGCUGAGGGAUGCCGUACCAGACCUGAAAGAAAGUCUAGAAAUUGGUCGCGAAGGCGAACCCGAUCACCCUAACCACUGGCCCGAGGAGGAGGGUGAGCUAGUGGGUUUUAAGGAGAUCAUGCUCGACUUCCAUACCAAGUGUAAGGAUUUGCACAUGGAAGUGAUGCGCGCUAUUGCUGUCGGCUUGGGCAUCGACGAGACAUGGUUCGACAACUACACAGACGCCGGAGAUAACACUCUGCGACUCCUCCACUACCCUGAGGUGAAAAAGGAUGUUUUUGCGAUCAACCCGGGUCAGGUACGCGCUGGUGCACACAGCGACUACGGCUCCAUCACUCUCCUCUUCCAGGAUGCGCGGGGCGGGUUGCAAGUUCAGAGCCCAACUGGGGCAUUCAUUGACGCGACGCCGAUCGAAGAUACCUGUGUAGUAAAUGCUGGCGACUUGCUAGCUAGAUGGAGCAACGACAACAUCAAGAGUACUGUCCAUCGCGUCGUCGAGCCUCCGUCCGGUGAUGGUGAUGUCUAUCCAGCCAGGUACAGCAUCGCAUACUUUUGCAACCCCAAUUUCAAAAGUUACAUCGAGGCCAUUCCAGGCACUUACGUCGCAGAAGAUGAUAGAAAAUACCAGGGGAUCAACAGCGGUCAGUAUUUGGUUCAGAGAUUGGCGACAACCUACUAGUAUCGAUGCAGUAACGUGACUGAAUGGGAUUUCAUGAUGGGGUUUCAAUAUUCAUACAUACACGAUACCCCUUGAAGUAAAACCCCAUUGAUAUUUUGCAAAAAUGGAUGGACCGGUUGGAAGUUGGAACUCGGAGUCGUGGCUAUCAAACAUUGGGCCUACUACCACAUGACAGCAAGCUUCUCACG